CCAGUUUCCGUUUUCUCAUAACAACUUCCUUCCUUUUAACUUUGGUUUCCACAUACAGCAAAUAAAACUGAAAGCUCUUGCAACCGAACCAACAACCACUUUCAGUUUUGACUGUUUCGCUUCCAUGGUGUCUCGCCCCAAUCUAGAUAAUGCGAAUAUGAAGAUGCCGUCGUAUUUUAAUUUUCCAGCACUUGAUGUUUCUGUUGCAUUUCCACAGGCCACUCCAGCCUCUACUUUUCCUCCUUGUGCUUCAGAUUAUUUUCAUUUCAAUGACUUGUUGAAACCGGAGGAGCAGGCCGUGAGGAACAGAGUGAGAGAGUGUAUGGAAAAAGAAAUUGCUCCUAUAAUGACUGAGUACUGGGAGAAGGCUGAAUUCCCAUUUCAUGUUAUCCCAAAGUUUGCUGCCCUGCGUAUUGCUGGUGGCACAAUUAAGGGUUAUGGUUGUCCUGGUCUUUCCAUAGCUGGAAGUGCUGUUGCUGCAGCAGAAGUUGCUAGAGUUGAUGCAAGCUGCUCAACUUUCUUUUUGGUCCAUUCUUCCUUGGCAAUGCUCACUAUUGCAUUGUGUGGGUCUGAAGCUCAGAAGCAAAAGUAUCUACCUUCUUUGGCUCAAAUGAAAACUAUAGCAUGUUGGGCUUUGACUGAACCUGACUAUGGAAGUGAUGCCAGUGCUUUGAAGACCACAGCAACAAAGGUGGAAGGUGGUUGGAUCCUUGAUGGCCAAAAGAGAUGGAUAGGAAACAGUACAUUUGCUGAUUUGUUGGUUAUCUUUGCUAGGAAUAUGACAACUAAUCAAAUAAAUGGAUAUAUUGUCAAAAAGGAUGCGCCAGGUUUAACAGUAACAAAAAUGGAGAACAAAAUUGGACUUAGGAUCGUACAAAAUGGAGACAUAGUUAUGGGGAAAGUUUUUGUCCCUGAUGAUGACAGACUAGAAGGAGUCAAUUCUUUUCAGGAUACAAACAAGGUACUUGCUGUUUCCCGUGUAAUGGUUGCUUGGCAACCUAUUGGUUUAUCAAUGGGCAUCUAUGAUAUGUGUCAUAGGUACCUAAAGGAGAGGAAACAGUUUGGAGCACCAUUAGCAGCUUUCCAAAUCAGUCAACAGAAACUUGUUCAAAUGCUAGGUAACAUUCAAGCAAUGAUUCUUGUUGGUUGGCGCCUGUGCAAGUUGUAUGAGAGUGGUAAAAUGACACCAGGUCAUGCUAGCUUGGGGAAGUCGUGGAUUACCCUGAGGGCAAGAGAAACAGCUGCCUUGGGAAGAGAAUUGCUUGGUGGCAAUGGAAUUUUGGCUGAUUUUCUAGUGGCAAAGGCAUUCUGUGAUAUAGAACCUAUCUAUACAUUUGAAGGCACGUAUGACAUAAACACCUUGGUUACAGGCAGGGAAAUUACUGGUUUUGCCAGCUUUAAGCCGGUUGCUCAAAAAAGUAGACUGUGAAAGUGUAAGAAUGUGUUCCUCUAUGGACUAAUAGACUUCAUUGGUUUAUGUAUUUAUUUAUAAUAAUGAAUUAAAUAACAAUUCAUUAGCAUUAAAUAAUCAUACAAAUGUGUGAAUAACAAAGAAGGGAAAUGAAAAUUAAUGAUCUUGGGAUA